AUGUAUCGUCCCGCGCGGUAUGUCCGGCCGCUACGCGCCACUGGGAGCCAGCCCUCGCCGCCGGCGCGGGCCUUCCCCGCGUGGCUGCCCGAGGUCAUGGCGCCGGCGAGCGGCUCGCUGCCGAGUGAGAUGACGAUGGAGGCCCUCUGCGCCGGUAGCUGGAGCGCUCUGCUGGCGGGGAUCGUCGCGGCGCCGAGCGGCGGGCACCUGCCCGAUGCCGGGUACGAGGCCGUGCUGCAGUGGCUGACGUCGCUGGGCAGCCUCGAGCCG